AUGCACCCGGACAGCUCCUACCACAAAUGGGACAGCUCAGAGCAGGUGGAACUGGCAGUGCAGGGAGGAAGCCGCGCACCUGGGAGAGGUGGUAAAGCUCUUUGCCUUUCCAACUCCACCCAAGGGAAGGCCAAUGCGAUCCUGUAUGUCCUGCUGGUGAUUUCAAUUGCAGUGGCCACAGCUCUCAUCGUAGUGAACCUUGGGAAAUUGUCCAAGGGUCUUGCUGAAGCCCAGGAGGAUCGAGAUACUAUAAGAAGAGAUGCCAAGAGAAAUCUGACACAUCACCAGGACUAUCUAGAGUUGAAGAUGUCCAAAGAAUUCAACAGGUUUCAGAAAUUCAACGUGUUUAAUAGUCGACUUCUUAAUGUGUCCAAGGAGCUGGCUGGGGUUAGGCUGGGGAUCGAGGAGAUCCAAGCUGAUCACGUGAAAGACCCAUCACAUCUCCAGGACGCCAUAGAGAUAAGGAACCUAACGCACAGUAUGUCGAAGGAGCUGGCUGAGGUGAGAAGGGACCAUGACAGACUCCAGGAGGUCUUGAGCAGGGUGCAGGAGGAGUUACGGAACAUCACAGAAGUCAUCUGCACAAAAUGUCCACCUGGCUGGCAGAAUUUAGAGAAAAGUUGCUACUUCUUUUCAACAUCGACUAAAUCCUGGUUGGACGCUAAGCAGUUCUGUACCAAUGAAGGGUCUCACCUGGUUAUUGUUAACACCAAAAAGGAACAGACAUUUUUGUCAAACCACAUCACUGAGCCCCACGUGUACUGGCUCGGCCUCAGCGACUCAGCGAAGGAAGGGGAGUGGCGCUGGCUGGAUGGCAGCCCCCUGUCUGUCAGGUUCUGGGGGCCCGGAGAACCCAACAAUGUUGGGCAGCAAGGGGAGGACUGUGGCAGCCUCCGCUUUGACGGGAAGUGGAACGAUGCCAUCUGCUCCUUCACUGAGAACUGGAUCUGCGAAUGA